AUGCGAGCUUGUAAUGGCUGCCGAAAGCGUAAAAUCAAGUGCGAUGCUGCUACAACGAAUACAUGGCCUUGCUCAGCAUGCACGCGCCUCAAGUUAGUAUGUGUACCUCCUACCGUUGGGCAGGACGGCGAUUUUUCCGCGGGGCAAAGUGUUGAGGCCAAUGCGGCGGAAUCCAUUGGCGCAUCCAAUUCAUCAGAAUCGUUCUCAUCUUUUUCCUUGCCCCAAAGUUACAGUGAAAGUGGCCAGACUGCAGUGAGCAGCAUGCCUCCCUACAGCGAUGGAAUGGGAAUGUUCCCCCAGUUCACCACUCAUCCUGCUACCCACCAGCCGAGCAUGUAUGAAGUAGGGUCACCUGCCAUACCUGUCUCGCAUCAUUCCUAUCAACAACAACAAAUCUUCCCUACCUCUCAAGCUCAGAGCUUGGGGACUAUAGAGAGCGGUGUCUAUGGAGAUCAUGAACAGUCUACCGCUGAGGAUCUUAGCGAAGUUCUUGGUGAGCUUAAAAUAGAUGAGACUGGUAUCGCGCCCUAUAUCAGGCAGCAAAGGAAAGAGAAGGGCGAACCGGAAAUCCCUGUACAAGAUGAAGCAGAAGAACCGCUACCUCCUCUUCGCACUGGGGCAGGCUCUACGAUUCGCAUUCCUCCGGAGCUUAUGCCAUCCGAUGAAGAGGUUACAGAUUACCUUAAGAUCUAUUUUGAUGAUAUACAUCCUUAUGUCCCUGUGGUGCACCGGUCGCAUAUGUACUAUCAGUGGCAAUAUGAUCGGAAUUCGAUCUCCCCUCUUCUUCUGGAAGCCUUGUUUGCAUGCGCAGGAAGGCAGUCGGAUGAUCCGGCCCAGGGAGCACAGUGGCUUGCGUUAGCGAAUAGGCACGAGUCUAGUUUUAUGGAUAUACCGCGUCUGAGCACAAUUCAAGCGCUGCUUCUACUUCUUAAAGCUCGAGAAUCGGUACCGAAAAAAGGUUAUUAUUACCGCUCGUGGCAGACUGUGAAAACAAUCGUCUCGAUGGCCAAGGAUUUGGAAAUUGACGAACACUACAACACACAUGCAGAGAACAGGCUCUGCGAUCUAAGCCCAAUAGAAUGUUUGGUGCAGACGAGAGUAUGGCAAGCCCUCUUGGUUAUUGAAGUAAUGAUCGGGGCGCCACAAGGUCGAUCGGACUACGGUGUAAACCCCGACACCGUUUGUAUGAGUCCUACACUGAACAUUAAGGGGCUUGACAAGUUCGAAAUCGAUCGAUCUAGGCAAUACGCCUACUUUGUCCAGAAUGCUCAUCACAUUCGUAUAAUCACUGAUAUAUACCACAAAAUUAAGAGACAAAAGGAUUGGGGUGCCAAUCCUAAGUUUGUUGAGAAGAACCCUCUUUUUACUGAUUGGCUCCAAAGCCUGCCCCCAGACUUACAGAUCAGUUAUCCUCCUGACGGCUCACCUCCGUGGAUACCUUCUCACUUUGUGGCUAAUAUGCAUUCUCAUUGCCACCUAGGUAUCAUUUUGUUACAUCGGCCUCAGUUGCUUGCAUCCAAAUCCUUUGCCGCAGGCGGGGGGUGGAAAAUGCAUAUGGCCUUAUGUUACUCUUCGGCUAAAUAUCUCUGCAGACUUCAAGAAGCUAUCUUAGAGCGAUUCGGUCUAGCAGGUCUACUCUCCAUGCAGAGAGGGAUAAAUUUCGCGAUUUACUGCAUUAUGACUUGCACAAUGUUGCAUUUGGUCGCAAUAACCUCUCCUGAUCCCAACUUCCAUACAGACGCGCGCGAUUAUUUUGCCCGACACAUGCGUAUUCUCGAGCGAUGCUCAUCUGCCUGGCCUAUGCCAGAAACGCAAGCCCAGAUCGAUUCCUUGCGGCUGGCAUUCUCCGCAGAUGUGAAUCGACCCUUCGAGCUUAAGCCCACUUUUCCUUAUGGAAGUCCUUCAGAACCAUACCAUCCGAGCCCCUCGCCGCUUGACUCACAAUAUCAACCUCAUGUAAGUCAGGUUACUGGUCCCGUCCAGAGCCGAGUUGGUUACAAAUUCUAUCCGAGCUCCCCGCCAAUAUCAGCUGGUACUGAAGAUUCAAAGUCCGAUUCCUCACAGCUCCAUUCUUUGGCAAUGAUGCCGCCCCAGCCAGUCUCAAGUCAAUCAAUGAAUGCCCCACUGGUUGACGAGAACAGCUGGGAUCCGACCCGUAUCAUCAAUCAGUGGGACAUGGCAUUCUCUAUGGCGCCAUCUACUGUGAACACGAACUCUCCGCCAAUGGCUAUAAAUAAUUCUGUGCAGGGAGUUCAGGCUCCUCUAGCAGCCCAAUAUCCUAUCCAGUAUGGACAGGCGUCAAAGAUCACCCCAGUGUCACCGCCUCAAGCUCUCUCGCAGCCCCAAUUCAGUGGACAGCAGGUUAUCUUUACGGCACGCGACUGGCAACAGAGUGUUGCCAGCGUUUACGAUCCCAAUGGUUUGAAGCGGCGCUGGAACUACUCUGUCGACAUGGGUACUGAACAUGCCCAGAAGAGGCCACGUUGA